CAACAAAAGCUCCCCUGCACCUGGGUCCCCACAAUCCUACGCGAUACGCGGCUGACUUGUAGCUCAAGUAUUGUCGAAGCCUACGAUACGCUACUUCAUUCGAAAAACACUCUUUGGCGCCAUUCUGAUGUUCGCAGUCGUUUGUUCUCCGCUUUCGUUACCGUGAUUGAAGACUUCUUGAAUGUGGUCUCUAUUCAACUGCCCGCACGUCAGCGCAUGCUUCAGAUUGGUCGUAUCCUUGACCGGGUGACUAGUAAUCUGGUCGAUUUGAACUCCACCUCUACCAAGGAGUCUAAAGAUACUCAAACACCCCGGGUUAUUGAACGGCUUCGUCACGUGCACGAUCAGCUACAACGCUUCUACCGA